AUGAGAAUGAUGCGAAAAUAGGUAUUCACUCUUUUAGAAGGAUACAUUUCAUUUACAUAAUCAUUACAUAAGUAGCAUAAAGAACUUUUAAUGCUAACCAUAAGAAUUUUGCUGAUAAUUAGUGGUCUUUAGGAAUUAUAAUUAAUUUCUGGCUUAAACACGGACACAAAGUAUUUUAAUAACUUAACAUUAGAAAGAUUUUUAAUAUUAUCUCAUAGUUUAUUAUAACGAAUUAUCUAAUCAUAAUUGAUAACUAAUAGAUGCUUAUAUAUUUGGCUGUUGUACAUCUAUUAAUAAAUAUUGUUUGUGUUAUAAUUGUGACAUUUUUUAAACAUUAUCAAAAUUGUUAGUAUAUGCUUGUAUUAUUAAUUAAAAUCUAGCAUAAAAUAUUGAUUCUUCCAACUUGGAAUACCAUAUUUUAUUAAAUUAAUAAUUACCCAAGUAUAAAAAUAUACAUAUUAACAAUUUGUAAUAUGAUUAUGUAUAUUUAAUAACUAUUAUGGAUGUCAAUUUGUAAAUAAACAUAAUUAAUUGAUUUUACAGGUAUUAUUUACCAUUAAAAUAUUCUUGUUGAUAUAUUUUAUGAAAUUAUUACAGUAUUGGCAAUUUUACUUGCUGAAAUAUCAACAGAAGUUUGUGUAAUAUUAUUUAUAAUUAAAUACUUAUCAAAGAUUUUCUUUUUAAAGAGUAUACUAAAUAACAAUUCUGCAUUUUAUUUAAUUUAUUAGGUAAUUAUGAUUAAUCUGAUCUUAUGUUUUCAAUUCAAUAUAUCAAUUAUAUAUGUACUUACAAUACUAACAUUUUCAAUCUAUUUCACAAUCAAUAUUCAAAGAAGAUUAUAUGAUUAAUAUUUACUUGAUCACAAUAUCACUCUAUAAAAAUGUUAAUUAAUUGAAAGCUUAUUAUAUAAUAAAUUUUAAAGUUAACAAACACUUAUCUAAAAAGCUUUAUUAUUAACAAGUUAAUCAAAUAUUAAAACUUAAUCUAUGGAUCAAUUAAUUCAAUUACUAUUAUCAAAUAAAAAAUAAAAGAAUUCAUUAAUAGUUAAAAUACAAUGUAACUAUUCCUCAUAACUAUAUCCAUUAAAAUCAUUGAUUUAAUUUCAUUCUCAAUAUAAAUGUGAUAGCAUACUAACUAAAGCAUAUCUCAAUGUAAUUACUAAAGAAAUCAAUACACAAAUAAAACGAAUAUAAGAUGCAUAAGCAAAAAAAACAGAAAUCCCAAGAUUAACAAUUACUGGAUUCCUUUUAGCAUAAUAUAAAAGUGUUGAAAGUUUAUCCUUUUUAGAAUCAACAUUAAAAUAGAAACUUGGUUUAUUAGAGUAUCUAAGACUUGGAUUUUCAUCUCAAUCAAGAUAAUAAAAUAAAAUCAUACCUUAUGUAAAAGCUAUUUCUGAAUGUAAAAAAAUGAUACAAUAAGAAUAUGAUUUAGAAAAUAAUACUAUUAUGGGUUAAUAGUAUUCUGACAUAUUGACCUUAAGAAUUUUACAAUUAUACUUUGGAAUCAUCAUGGUUAAUACAAAAAAAGUAAUAAUAUAACAAUAAAUUAGGCAAUAGAAAUAGAAAAAAUAGUAGAUGAUUUAUUGAGAUAUGAUAAAUAGUUUAAUGAAUUCACAAUUAAUAAUCAAAUUCUACUUACAAGUAAAGUAAAACAUACAUAACUUAGAUAGAUCUAUGAUUAUUUAAACAAGUUUAAUCCAUGAUUAAGGUUAAUUAUUGAACUACAAUAAAGAGUAAGCUUCUCAAUUUUUUUCAUGUCCUUUAGAAGCAGUAGGAAAUUAUAAAUACAUAUAUGAUUUUAUGCCAGAUUAUAUUGCUUCCUUACAUGAUGAAUUAAUAAACAAAUUUUUAGAAAAUGGAAAAUCUAAAUUAAUGCAAACUGGAUCAUUAAUCUUUUUGAAAACUCCUAAGAAUUUUAUAUUACCAGGUUAUCUUCAUCUUUAUAAUCCUUUGAGAAUGGAUGAUAUAACAUUAUAUGCUAUAAUAACACAAUAUUCUUAAUAUUUUGAAUAUAUUGUUUUUGAUUAGGAUGGUAUCAUAAUGGGAAUAACUUAAAAAAUAUUUAAUUUUAUGGGGGAUAUGAUAUCUGAAAAUAAUUAAAAACAUUAUAGAAUCUAAGAUAUUGUAGAAAAAGGAGGCCACAUUCUUCAUUAUAUCCCUUAAAUACCUCAAUAAUUAAAAUUGUUAUAAGAAAAUAUUUAGAGUUCAUAGAAUUACUAAUUAAUAAAUAUUAGAUCUUUUUGGGAGUUUCCAAACAAUAAUAAUGAAUGCAUAGUUCAAACUUAGUAUAUAAUAAAUUAAAUGAAAUUAAUAAAUCAUAAAACAAAUCAUGAAGAAGCAAAUAAUGAAUAUGAAAUAGAUAAUAUCUAAGUCAAUUUGUUGGAUCCUGAUUUUUAAGAUAAAUUCUUUCUAAUUCUAAAUAAUAGAACAACCUAUAAAUUUAGUGAAAUCAAAUAAAAAAUUGAAAUGGCCUAUAAUAUUUAGAUGACCAAAAUUUACAAUAAGAUUUAUUUUUUAUUAUAAAUUUAAGAUUACAGAUUGUCUGAUGUAGCUACUACUUUGAUUUCUACUUCUUAAAAUAAGUCUGGUGCAAAAACCUUAUCAUUAACAAUUUCAUAAUAAUUAGAUUAGCAAGAGUCUGACAAAAUAUCAUCAGAAGGACAUUAAAUCAGAGAAAUAUAAAUAUUUAAUAAUCUUCACUAACAGUUACUUGUUGAAAAGUUGUUAUUUGAUGAUCCAGAAAUAGAUUAUGAUGGCAUUUAAGACAAAAACUCAUCAAAAUAGAUGAAUUUUAGUCAAAAUUAAUCAAAAUCUCCUUUCAUUUUGACAUAAAGAUAAACACAUAGAUAAUUACUAUCUGGAUAAUAAUCAUUUAGAGGAUCUAUGUAAAAAACUGAAUUUGUUUUACCUUAAUUAUCGGUUCAAGAAUAAGUUAAUAAGGAUUAUGAUAUUUUAAAUCAAUUAGAAAGAGAUAUGGUAGAAAUUUCAAGAUUUAAAUAAGAUCCAAUUUAGGAAUUUGUAAAUGAAAAUAAAGGUGAAAAUGAUAAUGCAGAUUAUAUAUCAAAAUCAUUUUAGACAUCUAAAGAUAUUGAUUAGAAUGAUCAUAAGUAGCAUACUUAAAAAGUAAGUUCUCUUUAAAUUGAUUUAAUAAGAGAAAUAGUAGAUGCUAGUAAUAAUAUUAGAUUAUUGGCAAAUGCAAAGACAUUAACAUGGAUUUUGGAAAUUUUAAUUUUAAUUUAUAUUAUCAUAAAUACAAUGUUAGUUUAGAACUAAUUUACAGAAUUUAAAUAAUAAAUAGAAGAACUUUAAUCUAUAUAAACUUUAAAUAAUAUAAUUGUUUCUAAUUAUCAAUUAUUAUAAAAUACUUAUUUAUAGGGAUUAGGGAUUUAUACUUUAAGUCCGUAUUUGUAAAAUUCAUUAAAUUAAAGUCUUUCUCAAUCUUAUUAAACAAUAAUAGAUGAUUCAUUAGAUCUUGAAAGAUAGAGUUGUAUAUAUCUUGAUGAAUUUGCAAAUGAUUCCAAUUUUGAGAAAUGCUUCACUUAUUUUAAUCGUUUAUAAGAAAAUUAAUUAUCAUUCUUAAGAAAUAGUAUUCUUAGUAAUAUUACAUAUGAUUUUGAAAUUGCCAGAUAAACACCUUUUUAUAUUUAAGAAUAAAUAUUCUAUACUAUCUAUAAAUUUCUAAUAUACUCAGAAGACUUUAUUUAAUAAUUUUCAAAUAUUAAAUUGAGUGAUGUUUUUAUAGUAAUUCUAAUUACUGGUUUAUUGAUGAUUAUAACCAUAUUUACAUUUAUUUUUAAAGUUGUAUCAGCUAAAUCAAGUUUAAAAUCAAAAUUGGUUACAUUACUUUAAAGAUUAUCUUAAGAAGAAAUAGUUGAAUAGAUAGCUACUUUAACAAUAAUUAUUGAUAGUUGGAAAACUUAAUAAUGGAAAUAAUAUAAUUUUUAUGAUUUGUGGAAUCAUAAAUAAAAUUAAUUUAUUAAAGAGAUCUCACCAACAAAAAAUAAAAGAAAAUCUGGAUCAAAUAAUAUGGAAAAAUCAUUUCAAGAGACUUUUUUAAUAUUUAUUGAAGCAUUAAUUUUAAUAUUUUUUAUUGUCUUUUUUGUUGGUGGAUUUAUUCUACUCUUAAAUUUAUUUGAUUCUUAUAUACCAUCAGUAACUGUAAAUUAAUAAUUUUUAUUAUUCUAAUAAAAGGUUGAUUCAAGUAUAACAUUAGGAUAAAUUAUUAAAACAGAACCAUUAAUUAAUAAUUUUAGAAAUAAAACAGAAUAAUUCUUAAUUAUUUAAGAGUAUUUUAAAAUUAUUGAUUAAUUACCAACUAUUAUUUUAGAUAUUACUGAAUCUAUAGUUUAAUAUGAUUUUAUUGAUUAAUCUUCAAUCAAUUAAAUUUUAGACUCUUUUAAUUCAGAUUAUUGUUAAAUAUAUGAUUUACAAUUUUGUAUUGUAAGAUAAUUUUAAAAUGAAUCUUAUGCAUAAUUAUUAAAAGAAGGAAUAAAUGGAAUGAUAUAAAAUAUUUAUUAAUUUUCUAUAAGUGAAUUUGAAUCAGAAAAGUUAAAUGGACUAUUUGAAACUGAUUUAGAAUUAUUAAAAUAAACUAUCAGCUAAAGAUUAUUUGUUAACAUUUUUAUUUAAUAUGUUAUAGAUAUUUAAUAAAUAAUUGAUUAAAGUUAGGAAUUAUUAAUAGAUGGAAAUUAAAAAGCAAGUUAAUUAAUUAUUGAUAAAUUAUUAACAUAUUACUAUGUUUUAGGAUCAAUGUAAUUAUAUUCUUAUUUUUAGUUUAAUGCUAUUUUUAUUCAUAAUAAAUGCCUAUUUAAUUAGAGAAUCAAGUGUAGAAAUUAAUUAAUAUAAAUAUUUGAUAUUGAUGAUUCCCGAAAACAAACUGGAUAAUUCUGUAAUUAAACAAAAAUUAAUAAACAUAAGAACAUAUUUUUUUUGA